GGGCAGCCCGUGGACCUGUGCGCGCGCUACUACGACGAGGGCGCCGACGAGAUCUGCGUGCUCAACAUCUGCGCGUUCAAAGGGGAGGCCGCGGGCGACCUGCCGCUGCUCGGCGUGCUGCGGGCGGCGUCCGAGCGCUGCUUCGUGCCCCUGACCAUCGGCGGCGGCGUCCGCGACUACACGGCGCGGGACGGGAGCGCCGUGUCGGCGCUGGACGUCGCGUCGGCCUACUUCCGCGCGGGCGCGGACAAGGUCGGCGUCGGCAGCGACGCCGUCGCCGCGGCGCUGGCCUACUACGCCGGCGGCGACGGGUCGAAGACGUCGCUCAGGCGCAUCGCCACCCAGUACGGCCGCCAGGCCGUCGUCGUGUCCAUCGACCCGAAACGCGUCUGGCUCGCGGCCGGCGAGGCGCCGCCGGCGUUCCCGGGCCUCCCGGCGGCCGCCGUCGCGGACCACGCCAAGUUCCGGGGCCCCAACGGCGAGACGCGCUGCUGGUACCGCGCGACGACGGGCGGCGGGCGCAGGGACGCCGACCUCGACGUCGCCGCGCUCGCGGCCGCGGCGGAGGCGCUGGGCGCGGGCGAGUUCAUGGUCAACUGCAUCGACUGCGACGGCAAGGGCGACGGCUACGACCUCGAGCUCCUCAAGAUCGUCAAGCGCUCCGUCGCCGUGCCCGUGAUCGCGUCGAGCGGCGCCGGCGAGCCCGCGCACUUCGCGGAGGCGUUCGAACUCGCGCGCGCGGACGCCGCGCUCGCCGCGGGCAUCUUCCACCGCCGGGAGGUCGCCAUCGCCGCAGUCAAGGCCCACCUCAAGGGGCGCGGCAUCCUCGUGCGCGACUAA